AUGUCCUUCACCAACAUCCCAAUACUCGACCUCUCUCUCGCCAGAUCCCCAGAAACUAAGUCCGAGUUCCUGGAUCAACUGCGCCAUGCAUUACUCGAAGUGGGAUUUCUAUAUCUGAAGAACGUUGGGAUAACCCAGGAACUAAUAGAUAAUGUUAUCGAGGAAGGGGUCAAGUUCUUUGAUAUUCCUCUGGAGGAAAAGACCAAAAUCCAAAUGGUCAACGCGCCCUCUUUCCUAGGCUACUCCCCCCUCUCUGCCGAAAUCACCGCCCACGCGAUCGAUCAGCGCGAACAAAUCGAUCUCUCCACUCCCCAUCCUAUCCCUACUGCCUCUGAUCCCCUCCACUACAAUCUUCUCGCUCCCAAUCUCUGGCCCUCGCCCACCUAUCUCCCUAAUUUCCGCCCCGUUUUCGAAUCUUACAUCAAACAAAUGGGUGAUAUAUCCAUAUUCUUCACCAGUUUGAUUGCAGAAGCUAUUGGACUCUCCGCAAAUGCAUUUGAGCGAUAUUUUGAUACCGAUCAACAGCAUAAAUUAAAAGUGGUUAAAUAUCCGGAUUUGAAGGAAUUGGGUCUGCGGCCCGAACAAGAGGGUCAGGGAGUAGGUCCACACAAGGAUUCCAUGUUGACGUCGUAUUUAUUGCAGGUUGGGGAUAAGAAGGGGCUACAGGUGCAGAAUUUGAGGGGGGAGUGGAUUGAUUGUCCGCCGAUUGAAGGAACGUUGGUGGUGGCUAUUGGACAGGGAAUGGAGGCGCUGACGAAGGGGGUUUGUAUGAGUACUACGCAUAGGGUUUUGAGCCCGCAGUAUGGAGGGGGGCCGAGAUAUAGUGUGCCGUUUUUUCAGGGGGUGAGGGGAAGUACGAGGUUUGAGGAGUUGAAUGAGGUGGGGAUUGGGGAGGUCAAGGAGGAGGUUAGGCAGAUGAGGAGAAAGGUUUUGGAGAGUGUCGGGGGUAGGUUGGAUGAUGUUGAGUUUACUUUUAGAGGGGGCGGAAAGGCGGAUACGCUAGGGGAGGCGACGUUAAGAAAUAGGAUUAAGAGCCAUGUGGAUGUAGGAGAAAAGUGGUAUCCAGAAAUUCUUGCGGAUAUAAGAGCAGAGCAAGAAGCGGAACGCAGACAAAAGGGUUUACCCGUUACUCCACCCGCGGAAACAUGA